AGGAGCCUUUGAGCACAACCGACAAUCGCCAUUUUUGACACGUUUAAGCGAAGCUCAACAUUGUGCGCUAGCGUUACAACCUUUUUUUGAGCUAUUUUCAAUUAUUGGAUAAUCACGAGCGAUGUCUCGUUUUCAUAAUAACCGCGGCGGAAUGGGGAUGAAUCAAUUCCAGCCUCGCCGAGGUGGUGGAGUCGGCGGUCCGAUGCGGGGUAGUAUAAUGGGAAGUCCCAAUUUUAGAAACCACCCUUUUCAGAAUCAGAAUCGCCGGGGAGGACACAAUAACUUCAACCGAGGACAGCAGUCGAGUAACCAGAAGCCACAGACCAACCAGGGCUUGCCAGGCCUUCCACCGCCGACCCCAGGGCCUGCUCUCACUAUGAAAGGCCCGAUGGACAAGCAACAGGAGCCAGAAAAGCCGACAACACCAACAAAGGAGGCGAACAAUCAGCCCAAACAAGAAAUCAUAUCUCCUCAGCCGAACCAGGCCAACAAGAACACACAGUCAACAGUCAAGUCAACAACUCAAAAUGCGAAUGGCCCGCCACAGCAGCAGCAGCCGCAGAAUCAGUCUCCGCUUACAAGUCCCAAGUCAGGCGCUCAGCAAAACCAACAGAAUCAGAAAGGAGGCCCGCAACCAAACCAACAGAAUCAGAAAGGAGGCCCGCAACCAAACCAACAGAAUCAGAAAGGAGGCCCGCAACCAAACCAACAGAAACAGAAGACUGGACAGCAACCGAACCAACAAAACCAGCGAGGAGGUCAGCAACAAAAUCAACCGAACCCGAGGGGAAGUCAACCGCAGAACCAGAGGGGAGGCCAACACCAAAAUCAGCAGAACCAGAGGGGAGGCCAACAACAAAAUCAGCAGAACCAGAGGAUGGGCCCGCAUCAGAACCAGAGGGCAGGUGUGCAGCAGCAAAACCAACAUAAGCAGAAGAUGGGCCCGCAGCAGCAGAACCAACAAAAUCAGAGACCAGGUCCGAAGACGGGGGCCCACAUGAAUACGUUUAAUAAACCGGACCAAUUGCAAACGCAGCAAGAGGCCCCGGGCACAAGCUCGGAACAACGUGAGCCACAGCAGGAAUUCAGGGCGGCACUGUCCAUGUUGCUGAAACCCGGCGAGAAAUCAUACACACAACGCUGUCGUCUGUUUAUCGGCAACCUCCCUAAUGACAUCACAGAGGAGAAUUUUAGGAAGAUUUUUGCCAAGUAUGGAGAGCCCAGUGAGGUCUUUAUCAACAAAGGAAAAGGCUUUGGUUUCAUCCGACUGGAGUCCCGUGCACUUGCCGAGAUAGCGAAAGGAGAAUUGGACGACCUUCCAAUGAAAGGCAGAAACCUCCGCGUCCGCUUCGCCACACACUCAGCGGCCCUCUCUGUGAAGAACCUGUCACCAUUCGUGUCCAACGAGCUCUUGGAGGAGGCCUUCUCCCAAUUUGGAAUGGUAGAGAGGGCCAUCGUCAUUGUUGAUGACCGCGGGCGUUCCACCGGCAAGGGCAUUGUUGAGUUUGCCUCCAAGCCCGCUGCUAGGAAGGCCCUGGACCGGUGUAACGAGGGUGUCUUUUUGCUCACCACGUCACCAAGGCCCAUAGUUGUGGAGCCUCUUGAACAGUGUGAUGAUGAAGACGGACUUCCUGAGAAGCUGGCACAGAAGAAUCCCAGAUAUCAAGUCGAGCGAGAGGAGCCCCCGCGCUUUGCCCGCCCUGGCACCUUUGAAUAUGAGUACUCCAAACGCUGGAAGUCACUGGAUGAGAUGGAGAAGCAGCAGAGGCAGCAGGUGGAGAAGAACAUGCGCGAGGCUCGCGAGAAGCUCGAGAGCGAGAUGGAGGACGCAUACCACGAGCACCAGGCUAACCUCCUCCGCCAAGAUCUGCUGAGACGGCAGGAGGAACUGCGACGCAUGGAAGAGCUGCACAGUCAGGAGAUGCAAAAGAGGAAGGAGAUGCAGUUGAGACAAGAGGAGGAGCGUCGCAGGCGAGAAGAGGAGAUGCUUCACAAGCGCGAAAUGGAGGAACAGAUGCGUCGCCAGCGCGAGGAAAGCUACAGGAUGGGCAACUUUAUUGAUAGGGAGCGAGACAUGAGAAUGAGUGCUGGGGCUGCAGUGGGCAUGGGAGAUAUGUCCUAUGGCGCCGUGAACCCGACCUUCUCCAUGAAUGUAAUGGGAUUUGAGGGGCAGCAGGUAAUGGGAGCAUCUCCAGGAUCCCAGAUGAGCAACGAUAUGCGCGGCGAACGCUUCGCUCAGGGCGGCCCCCGAGGAAUGGGGCCCGGUAACGGCUCUUACAACAGGGUCCGCGAAGAGUUUGACCUUCCCGCUAAAAAACCGCGUUUUUAAACGCUCCUCCCUUGACGCUCCUCGGCGCAGCAUUUUUGUACAAAUUCUUCUAAAACAAGAAACACUCAGACUCCGUUUGUAUUUAAGUUCCAAAUGUUCCAGCAUUUUUGUCUUGAUACUUCCUUUUUAUGACGAGUCAGUAUACUCCUUUUUUUUUAAAUUUUGGAUUGUCGCUAGUACAGUAAGAUUAGGUUUCCCUGUAGUAGUAUUUGACCCCUGUAUAAUUCUUUUCUAGUGUUGUGUUAUGUGCUUCGUCGUGCUUUGUAAUUUUUCUUCUUAAUUCUACAUGGCUGUCACUUCAAGAGCAUGUCACAAUAAAGAUAAAAAAUGGGUUCAAUUUGGCCAAACCUAAUAAUUUAUUCUCACCACGUUGUUCAAAAACAACGAAGCUUGCAUCGUUUUGAUUGUCAACUCUGUGUGUUAUCCCACUCCCAUAAUCUGGACUUUAGUGUCGUCAUAUAACGGGUAAAACGUGCGGUGCUUUAAAUGCAUCGCUCAUACCCCGCAAUCAAAUCGUUCUAAUGCGAUGGUAGUCGGCGGGAGUCCUUCUAUCUAAUAUAAUCCACACUUAAGUGUAACAUAGAGUAUCAAUUUUAUUUUUGUAUUGCCAGAAUAGUUGUGGAAUCUGAAGAAUAUUUUGAUCCCUGGUGCCGAUGAUGCACUUAAUGUCAUCAAACUCCCGCCGAGUCAGGAAUUGAUCCUAUAAUUGGAUGACUGAUAGCAAAAUUCCAAUUUCUCAUUUGUUCCCUGUGCACGCUAUGCAACAAACGCGACUUGACGUGUCAUUCAAAAGUGAGUUGUAGGUAUAGUUGCACAACUUAAUGGCCACCCAAAAGUAUUUUUGCCUUCAUCCGAUCCGCGAACUUGACAAGGAGACUGGCCAAGGAAAGCAGUUGUCGUUAUAAUGCUAGAUGUCAUAAUUUUAGUUGACUGAUUAUCGUCCUUCAAAGCAAAAUUAAAUUUACAGCUCUGCUGUUGUGCGCGACACGUAGAACCAGAUUUCACACAUGCAGGCAUUCAAGGACGAUGCCUUGCUCCAGGGCACCUUGACUGAGCCAGCAAACCAGGCUUGCAUAUCUCCAACAACUAUUUGCUGUUGUUGCAUUUUUUUGUUGUUGUCUGCAGCGUGACCUCAACCCGUGACCCUUGGGCUCCAAAGCACAAGUCCGCACUCUUCGACAUGCAUUUAUUUGUGUGGAGUGCUCACAAGCUUGAAAGACUUUCCGUAUCGAGUCGUGCUCCUUUUCACUUGCCAGAUUUCAGAAGACAAGAUGUUCUCCAAAGGAAGACAAAAGUCGCAAACGUUGUCUUGGUUGCCUAAUCAGAAGAUUGCAUAAUAUGACAGCGGGAGUGAAAUCUACCCAGUGAUCUUAAUUUAAGGUUGAGGAAUCGUGAUGCGAUCAAUGUUGCACUCGAGCCGCUCAUCAGUCCUACUUACCCGGACUGCCGUUGUAUUUAACCCUUCGAUCUGAUGACAAAUCAACAAACACGAAUCUAUAUUGAUUAUAUCCACCGAAUGAUAUUUUAAGUACUUUUAAAAAGUUCAAGCAGUCUGAAGAGGACGUCUGUUCUGGCCGCAAUUGAACACUCUCUGAAAAACAUCCAUUGGUUGAGUCGCCAUCCCAAGUUUACACAGGACAAGCCUGAUCAUGUGAAUUGA